AUGAGACUCUACUUUAUCUUAUCUAUGAAUAAGACUCAUUCAAUUAAGCUAUUUAUUCAUCUUACACAGUUGAUGUUUAGUUCUCAUUCUGGAGUGAAGCACCCACGCAAAUUGCAGAAAAUAAAAUUGACAAAGAAUUGUUAUUGUUCUUCUGAACAGGAAACAAUAAUGAAAAAGUCAUUGAAGAAAGUGAAGAAAUUCAGUUCAAGAUUGAUGAUUGGCUUUGCUUGGUAUUUUUGCGUAGGAUUUUUCAGCAUGCCAAAAAUGCCACAUGAAACGAAUAUUCACGAUUAUAUCCACUGAAAUAAAUUCAACAUAAAUAAUAAAAUAAUAAACAAAUAAAUUUUAUCUUAUUC